AGGCGAUCUUCAGGAAAAGAGAUUCAAAAAGCGACCACAAUUUUAUUGUGACCCACGAGAUUCACACUCAGUCUUUGUAUUCAAACUCAGUCUUCAUAUACUUAUACCAUUCACAACUUCUAGGGUGUCGUAGCGUGGAGAUUCACAGAUAGGUACUUGCUCCAGCAAAAAAAAUAGGUUGGCUAGAGACUUGUCUCUAGUUUUCCAAAGACAUAAGGAAGGUGAAAAGCAGAUAGAAAGGCUUCGUGGUUGCGGUUUUAGCUUCUCCACAUUGAUUUUCAAUAAUUCGUUUUCUAUUGAGUUAAACGAACAGCAAACAGACAACAAAGAUGUCGCGUUCUUUGAAGACGUGCGCAGUGGCGGUUCUUGCUGUGCAAGGUGUAAAGCUCUCACUGGGUCCGCCUUCCGGGGGGCAGAGAACGAGAAUGCGCCAAGACUUUGAUGACGCCUUUGUGCCUCUGCUUCUAUGGCUUUUCAAUAAUUUCCGAGUAUCUUCUUGUGGAAGAGCAAACAUGUUUGGUGCUAUAUCUUGGGCUAUUCGCUUUAUUUAGUAAGCCGUAGUAUAAGCAAGCACUUUUGCUCUUCCAGAGCGCGUAUACACCAUACCGCUUCUAACCAUACGGGAGGGGCUGGCACAGUUUAUUCCGGCCGCCGGUGCAAAAUGCUCCGACUUCGGAGACGGCGAUAAGUUGGUGUAUCUCCAAGAGGCUUGUGGACGUGGUGUCGAUCCGCGCACGUUGACUCGUGUAAUCACCCCGGACCAAGUUGAAGCGUUCGUAAAUCAGGUGCCCGAGGCAGUCUUUGCUGAAAUCAUGAGGCAAGGGCAAAACAUGGCUAACGACGGCAGCGGACGCUUUGACGCUAUGGCCAUUGUUCAGGAGGUGACCGAAAAAAAAGCGGUCAAGACUUUGCGAAAGAACUGCUGCCCAAGGGAGACCUUGAUCGGUGCCAACCGUUCUCAGGCUCAACAGGACGCUCGCGGAAAUGUGCCGGCGCAGGCCGUGACUGGCGCCACUACCUCUCAGCCUCAGCAAGCGGCUCGCGGAAAUGUGCCGGCGCAGGCCGUGACUGUCGCCACUACCUCUCAGCCUCAGAACGCACCCCCUGCAGCCGUGACUGGCGCCACUACCUCUCAGGCCCCUUCGUCAGGGUGCUGUUAAUAGUGACAAAGCCCCGGGGGGAAUGAAGAGGGGGUGGCGAAGGCCCUUGUACUUUCAACACGGGGAGGAGUUUUCUCGGAUUACUUAUGAUGUUUUUUUUGUGAAGAUUGUUGGAUCAGAAAAAGAUUGUCUAGGAAGGCGUAAGCAUCACUAAUAUUGGUCAUGGUUAGGUUAGGUUAGGCUACGGAUCCUUCAUACUUAAUAUUGGUCAUACUUCGUAUGAUUGCUAUUUAAAAUUGUCUAUGUUAUUAUGAACCACUCUUGGCUAAUAUGAUCAGCAAGAUACAUCUGGUGUUGUACGAGCAUCCAAUAAGAGCGAUCAUUGAUGGCGCAAAAUGACUACAAGACUCAGGAGUAAUUACGUAUGUUGUACCGUAUUGAAGAUUAUCAGGAGUACUACAAGAACUGUCAUUUCACUGCUCGUUUGCGAUAAGAGAAAACUAUUGAAGAACUUGGAAGCACUAGAGGCUAAUGAUCAUCAUUUGAAAAGAAACUGAUACCGAAACAGAUUGAUAAAAGAAAGCAUUACUACUAUUUAUGGAAAGUCUAAGAAAAAUAUGAUCGUAAGCACCGGUUUAUUGUCAAUACAUGCAUAGAGACAUCAUUGGAUAGUUAGACCACGACUGCGGAGGAGGCUCCUUUCCAUCAUGACGUAAGAACAUAUAAUACAGAAGAUAUAUGGCUAUAUUUGUUGGUAAAUAGUUUUUCCAUCUAGAAUGGGUUCGAAGCAAUGUUGGUAGUUGGUGGUAUUAUGGGUACCGUCAACCCAUCUUUUACACCAUCUUUCAGCCAAUUCCUUCUUGGAAUAGGCUAAAAGAUGUUCUAAAAGAUGGGUUGCCGGUACCUCUAAUGGUAAGAAAUUGAAAAAAUGUUAAGAAGUUAUAGAUGCUUGUCGUGCUUGAUGCUCAAGCUGAUCUCCUCGAUGAUCAACAUCGUUGGAUAAUGAUAAUGUUGAUAUGCAGUCUAUUUCUGCUGCCUUGCAGAUGCUAUUAUCCAGAAUGAAAGUGAACACGGUCAAAGCAGCAACUAAUAUAAUUUUGUUGCCAUGAUAAAACUUUGCGUCCACAUAGUUCUCUCCGAUAGUGUUAGUUUUUGGCCGUUGUGAUACGGUUUUCUUGCUCCCCGGGUCUGCAAGUUUUUAAAUGGGGUUAUUUAAGUAGUUGAAUGGGAGGCAGCAUGUAGUCCUAUGGAAAAAAAAUACAACGCAGAUUUUUUGCGAGUAAAGAAUGAAUGAAUGAAGAGUGCCAAGGAUAUGAUGAUGUAUGAUGUCACUCAAUGAGAGCAAAGAUCUGGGAAUGUCGUUCCUAAGUAAGAAGGCAAAGGGGGAACGCCAUUACCGUAUCGACGUUCUCAAUGAGUGGAAGCAUUCAUAUGAAUGAAGCAAGGACUUUAAU